UUUUUCUCUCCCGACGCGUAAAAACAGGCAGGAAGCGCAGAGCGGAGCACGACAGAGAGCAGAGAAGAAGAAGAAGAAGAAGAAGAAGAAGACCAGCACACAUACACAGACGAAAGACAGGAGAGAAAAAGAAGAAGGAAGCAGCAGAGGAGAGGAGGAGGAGGAGGAAGAGUGUGUUGGAUAUAGCUACUGUUUUGCGGGUGUUUUGCGGGGAAUGUGCGGCUCCUCCUCAACUUUCUGAAUCUCUGCUCUAAUGGUGAGAGGAGGACGCAGAGGAUGGGAGUAACCUGGUCCUCCAAAUGCCUCGCACUCUUUCUAGCUCUACACAUAGUCUCUGUGUUGCAGACGGUGCUGGUCAGUGCUGGUCAAUGUGACUCCGUGUUUAAAGGUUUCUCAGACUGUCUGCUUCAGUUGGGGGAGAACAUGGCCCACUAUCCCCAAGACCUGGACGACAGGCAGAACCUGCACCAGAUCUGCCGUUACUGGGAUAACUUCCACUCCUGUGCCACGACAGCGCUGGCCGACUGCCAGGAGGGAGCGACGGACCUCUGGGAGAAACUGAAAAGGGAGUCCCGCAACCUGGAGUUCCGUGGGAGUUUGUUUGAACUCUGUGGCGGCAGCAACACAGCCCCCAGAUCAGCUGAUGCCAGGGGCCUCGCCUUGGUCCUAACCACACUGCCCACCAUACUGACUUGGCUGGCGUUUUAACAGAAAACAAGGAGAAACAUAAAAAAUAAAUAAAUAAAUAACACAAAGAAGAAAAAAAGGAAAAAUGAAAAAAGAAAAUAGAAAAAGAGUGAUAGCUCCUCUUCGAUAUUGAAAAAACAACUGAGUUUGAAUUCAUCACCAGAAAACUACACCCAAAAUGGAUUUUUACUACAUCACUCUACGGCGGCCUGUUUUGCCUUUCUGGGACAUCUGCAGGCCGUCCGCCUGGAGCGCUCAUCCAAUCACACGCUGACCUGACCUGGAGGUCGAUAACAUGAAAUAUUCAACACGCCGUUGAGCUGAAAUGAUGACAAUGAUGAAAAUUUGAUGGAUCCUCGUCCGCUUACAAUUGUGGAAUUACACAGUAUUAAAGUCAACCAUGAAUUAUUGAUGUUUAGUAGGCUAGGCCUAGACAGCACUAUGUGACUGCCGAGUGCUGACACAGUAUCAGGCUAUAUAUUAGGGUUCCCAUAUAGCCUAAGGUACACAUUCAUGUGCAACACGAGGCUGAGCUUAUUGCCACAAAAUCAAUGAGACAAGCCAAGGCUGAGAGCCCAUUUCAGACCGGUCGCCUCAUUUCCAUCACGGACAGUUUUUCCUUUUUAAAAAAUAUUGCGCCAAGUUGACUGUGUUGAGCCCGGUAGAUCUGAUGGACUGAAUGCUUGAUUGUGAUGUAAAAUUUGUAUUCUUAUUGGCUGUUUAUUGUGCUCAGGCUAAGGUCACACCAGCUUUUAUCACCGCGGCAUUUUGCACCAAAGUGAAUUCAAGUUCAAUCGGCAAAGUCCGUUUUGCAUAAUGUCCUCCUGUACAGGUAAACUUUGGUGGACUUUUAACAGGUAAAUUUGUGGCAUUGAAGCAAACCUGCAAUGACUAACCUUUGACCCAAGCAGCAUGGCUUCCAGUCAGUUUUGUGCCAGCUGUAGGCGUAUUCUUAAAUUUAUAGUACUUUACUUUUGGUUGUUACACUGGCUAGCUUGCCCGCCCUGCUAGCUACCACAUAUAAAAUCAAUGCCACGUGAAGAAAUCUUGGUCUGCUAGUUUCUGAUGUGACCAUAGCCUGCUUUUUCCCCACCAAACUCUGAGGUGCAGGGAUGUAGGCUAGUUGAGUAUAACGCCUGCUUUUCAUUAACAGUUUAGACUGAUGUUAAAUUGCAUGAUUGCAGUUCAGACAGGUUCAAAACAUUUCAGGAAAUGAACACAAACUCCAAAAACACACACAGUAACCUUGAAUCAACCUGCCUAGUAGACAGAUUCAUGGACCCACUGCUGCCAGUUGGGAUUAAAUCCCAUCCCAAAUCCACACCUAAGAAAUUGUCAAAUUGCAAUCAACCCCUCUCAGGUGGCUAUGUGUUCUUUAGCAUCUAAAAUAAAUUACAUGUCAUUUGAACCAUUUUAGCUUUUAGAACAGACCUAGAUGGAUAACAGUUCAGUUUAGCAACUAAACAAGAUUGAGUCACUUAAAUUUACAGUUCAAUCUAGCUAACCUGGCCUUAUCCGGUUUUGGCUACUUACAGGCUAAAACAGACAAUGUUUGGGUUAGCGGCUGAAUGGGAUUGUGUCAGUUUGCUAACCACUUGGUUUAGCAGCCAAUCCAGAAUCAUCAGGUUAGCUAUCAGCCGCAGCAUCUAAACCAGACUGAUGAAAGCUAACAGUUCAGUUUAGCAGCUGGAUCAGAUUUAGUCAGGUUAGGCUAUAAGUUUGAUUCAGAUAACCUUAACUAAUCUGGUUUGGCUGCUAACAGUUUGGAAGCUAAAAAAAAAGGGGUCUGCCCAUUGGUCCGACAGCCCAUUAUUCCGACAACCCAUUGGUCCAACAUCCCAUUGUUCCGACCAUAUUAAACCCAUUGUUCCAAAGUCCUGUUGCUCCAAAAUCAUCAUGAUGCCCUGUGGUUAAGGUCUGGUUAGGUUUAGGCACAAAAACCACUUGGUUAGGGUCAGGAAAAGAUCAUGGUGUGGGUUAAAAUGAAAAAGAAAGUGGCAAACACAUAAGCCGUGAGCCUGCUCCGCCUCAAGUCUUUCCCAGCUGACCCAGAGCCGGUCGCGGCGCACCAUCAAGACAGAAAUACGCCCGCCGGGAGCCGUUCAGCACCGCAGAGAGCUCCCCACACAACCCCGACCCCAAUGUUAAUAACAGGAGGUUAUGGUGUUUCACUCUCUCCUCUCUAUGACACUUGUAUCUCGACCAGUAGCCUACUUUUGUUGCGUUUGCUGAUCCUCUAUGGUACACAAAUACAGUAUAGCCUAGUAUAAUCACAUAUUGGAAUAACGGGACGUCGAACUAAUGGGAUGUCGGACCAAUGACAUGGACCCAAAAAAAACCCCAAUGUUUAUGAUAACAGCUAAACUGAACUGUGUCAGGUUAGCUUACCACUUGGUUUAGCAGCUAAAACAGAUAAGAACAGGUUAGCUAUCAGCUCAGUUUAUUAGCUAGAACAAACUGUGUCAGGUUAGCUUACCAAUUGGUUUAGCAGCUAAAACAGAUGAGAACAGGUUAGCUUUCAGCUCAGCUAAGCAGCUAGAACAAAGUGUGUCAGGUUAGCUAACCAAUUGGCUUAGCAGCCAAACCAGAUGGAUGAAGACUAGCUAACAGUUCAAUUUAGCAGCCAAACCAGAUUAAGUCAGGUUAGCUAACGGUUAAAAAGGCUAAAACAGAUCAUAUUUGAGUUAGCAGCUAAAGUCAGGUUAGCUAGCCACUUUGUUAAACGGCUAGACCAGAUUGAUUCAGGUUAUUUAACAUUUUAGAGGCUAAAUUAGACAAUGUUUGGGUUAGCAACUAAAUACAAUUGUGUCAGGUUUGCUAACCACUUGGUUUAGUAGCCAAACCAGAUGGAUGAAGACUAGCUAAUAGUUAAUGCUGCCUUGAAAUGGAACUCAUGGGUUUAUACAAAACAGGAAGUCUUGAACAUGAACUCAUGACUUCGGAGCGCUUAGAGAAUUUCAAUUUACAAGGUUGUGAGUGGCACAACAGGGGCAUUCAUAUGGAGUCUUCGCUUGGUUAUAGUAACAAAGAACCAUUUGAAAGCAGCAUAAAUUUAGCAGCCAGACAAGAUUAAGUCAGGUUAGUUAACACUUAAAAAGGCUAAAACUGAUAAUGUUUGAGUUAGCAGCUAAACUGAAUUGUGUCAGGACAGCUAACCACUUGGUUUAACAGAUAAACUAGACAAGGUUAGGCUAGCUAACAGCUGAGGUCAGAAGGUACAAGAUAUUGAGUUGGCUUUCAGGUACGAACAUUGCUAAGUUCUCCAUUCAACUUAAACCCAGAUAGCACACAUACAUCUGGCCGACAUCGGCCCGAUGUAUCAAGUUUAGAUCGUUAAGUCGUAGCAUGGAGAGCGUUUGCUCAUUGCCAAGACGUCGCUGAGACGUCGGCCUUUAAUCGAAAAUGACCACCACACGAAGUUCAAACGAUCAAUAAAAAGCUGCGCUCAGUAGGCGCUCCUUCAUUAAUAUUAAUAUGCUUCGUUAAUUACGACCUUUAUUCAUUUAGGUCGGACCUUUCAAACUACAACUAUUUCAUCAUUCAAUGUGAGAAAUUAAUGCUAACAUUCAAAAAUAGCUGACUGUUACCCUAUUUUGUGUGUAAGUGUGCACAAU